CUCUGUGCAGCAAAUGGUUUCUUCCCAUUUGCUAGAAAGACGGCUAGAUCUUCCCGCCCACUCUCGACUCUUCAGGUAGUUCGCCCCUCCCCGUGGCCGGUGGGUGGUUUCUCCCUCCUCCCCGCCUCGGGAGCUGGAUGGUCUAGCCCCUCCCUCCCCCCACCCCGUGCCGGGUGCGCGGCCUGGGAGUCCGCCGCCCGAGCGGGAAGCGCCGGGCGAGCCCACUGCGCGGCCAUCGUGGGGGAAGCGAAGGUUCCUGAUUCCGAAGGUUUCUGUCCCUGGAGAGGAGGCGGCGCCCUGUAUCGGCCUUCGUCCUCCGCGGGAGCUGCGGCGCCAAGAUGAGCCGAGAGGAGAACCCAGCCAGCAAGCCCACGCCGGUGCAGGACGUACAGGGCGACGGGCGCUGGAUGUCCCUGCACCAUCGGUUCGUGGCUGACAGCAAAGAUAAAGAACCCGAAGUCGUCUUCAUCGGGGACUCCUUGGUCCAGCUAAUGCACCAGUGCGAGAUCUGGCGGGAGCUCUUUUCUCCUCUGCACGCACUUAACUUUGGCAUCGGUGGUGAUGGCACACAGCAUGUACUGUGGCGGCUGGAGAAUGGGGAGCUGGAACACAUCCGGCCCAAGAUUGUGGUGGUCUGGGUGGGCACCAACAACCACGGACACACAGCAGAGCAGGUGACUGGUGGCAUCAAGGCCAUUGUGCAACUGGUGAAUGAGCGGCAGCCCCAGGCCCGGGUUGUGGUGCUGGGUCUGCUUCCGCGAGGCCAGCAUCCCAACCCACUUCGGGAGAAGAACCGACGCGUGAAUGAGCUGGUACGGGCAGCACUGGCUGGCCAUCCUCGGGCCCACUUCCUAGAUGCCGACCCUGGCUUUGUGCACUCAGAUGGCACCAUCAGCCACCAUGACAUGUAUGAUUACCUACAUCUGAGCCGCCUGGGCUACACACCUGUUUGCCGGGCUCUGCACUCCCUGCUUCUACGUCUGCUGGCCCAAGACCAGGGCCAAGGUGCUCCCCUGCUGGAGCCCGCACCCUAAGCAUCCUGCUGCCUUCCCACAACAUUAAACUCUCCUUCCUUGGUGA